AUGGCGACACAACAACAGAAUCACCACACGCAGCAACUCGACGUGGCGACGCAAAAGCACUGGCUACUGCAGACUCCCAAGGAGUUGGUCGCCGACUUCAACACCAAGAAAGGCGAAAAUCUAGCAGUCCUCAAAAUCAGCAUCUACCUCUUCCAAGGCGACCACGUCCUGCUCUUCCACCAGCGCGAUCGCCCUUACCCGGGAGAACAGGAAGAAUGGAUUGUCCCUCACGACAUCGUGCGCGUUGAUCGGCCCGCAUCGCACCCAACGCAACAGGCCGUAGCCACGAUUCCAAUCCGCAUCCGCACCCUCCACUACCUCGCCUCCAUGCGCGUCCCCAUCCCCCUCCUGCACGAAAUCCAAUUCAUGGAAUUCAGCAAACCAGAACCCCUCUCCAUACACUCCGGCGAGACCCUCCACAUCUGGGCCAUCCUCACCCUCUACCCACACCCCCUCCCCCCCGAAACCCGCGAAGCUUUCCUAACCACCCUCAACAACAACGCGGUAUACCGCUGGGCGACCGAAGCCGACGUGAACCAAAACCGCAUCAAGACCCCCGCCUUCGAUACCGACAUUACACGAUCCGACCAACUCCACAUCCUCGACCUCAAAGCAGCCUUCAAGCGCCUCUCCCUCUGCUGCAAAUUCAACAUUACCCACGUGCCCCCCCUCGCAAGCCUCUCCACAACAGGGCACCACAUCCUCGCCUCCGUCCUAGAAGCCCGCGCAAUGCGGUAUGCAGGCGAUGCGGGCCGGUACGGCAUGAUUCUGCUCAGCAACACGUCUCCGCGGAAUCUUAUCUGGGGAGGUGUAUACGAUUGUCGGGGCGUUUAA